UUUUCUUUGAUGUGCAGAUAAGCAAAAUGCUUAAACCAGAAAAGUGGCAGGCGACCUUUGAUAAUGAAGGGAAAAUUAUGGAUUUCAAAAAAGUUUUGAAAUUGAUUAUAUUGGGGGGUGUGGAUCCAUCUAUAAGGCCAGAAGUCUGGGAAUUCCUUUUGGGCUGUUAUGCUUUGGGCAGCACUGCUGAAUAUCGAAGGCAAUUGAGGACUGCCAGGAGGGAACGUUAUAUGGACCUAAUUAAGCAAUGUCAAUCGAUGCACUCAAGUGUAGGAACUGGUUCCCUUGCCUAUGUUGUAGGUUCUAAAGUCAUGGAUAUGAGAAUGAGUUCCAAAGAUGAUGGGAUAAGGGAAAAUGAAGACCAAAGUGGACAUAUACCUGAAGCCAAUGCUAACAACGUAGUUAAUAAUAACUGUGUUUUGGACGACAACUGUAUAGAAAAAUCACAUAUAUGUAGAAGGCAAAGCUCUGGUGACUCUGAUGAUUUUGCAAGUAUAAGAGAAAGCAAGGAAGGAGCAUAUGAUUACUCUGGUCUUGAACCUUCUUCUGGUUCUCACAACUGCACGUCUCCGAUUGAGCUUGAAGCUGAUGGAUCACAAUAUGUAACUGAAAGCUAUUUGGACUCCCCUACUUUACCUUUUACAAAUUUGUUUGAAAAGAGUGACAAAAAUCAAAAAGAACCUAGGUUUUGUGAUGAUACGCAUUUGACACAACGUAAAUUGAAAUUUGGGGAUGAGCAUAUGCACAGUUUUCAAAUUGACAGCAAUGCAGAUCUAGUUGUCGAGUCAAAUGGUACCCCAUUUAAUGAUGACUCACCACCUCCCAACUCUGAAAGUGAAAUGAUUCACCCGGAUGUGCAUGAAUCACUUUCGCCGUCAAAUAAUCUGGGAUUUGAAUCAGAAAUGUUUAAUAGGCUUAGAAUAUCAGAUGCACCUGAAAUAUCAGCCAAUAAUGCAAUCACAUCUCGUGGAGGGGCUGCCAAAGGAGACAGAGUGUCUGAAUGGCUUUGGACACUGCACCAAAUAGUUGUUGAUGUAGUUAGAACAGACAAUCAUCUCGAAUUUUACGAGGACAAAAAAAAUUUGGCUCGUAUGUCAGAUAUUCUUGCUGUCUAUGCGUGGGUUGAUCCUGCAACAGGAUAUUGCCAAGGCAUGAGUGAUCUACUUUCCCCCUUUGUUGUUCUUUUUGAGGACAAUGCUGAUGCAUUUUGGUGCUUCGAGAUGCUUCUAAGGCGAAUGCGCGAAAACUUUCAGAUGGAAGGACCAACUGGUGUAAUGAAACAGUUGCAGACACUCUGGCACAUAUUAGAACUUACAGAUAGGGAAAUGUUUUCUCACUUGUCCCAGAUAGGUGCUGAGAGCCUUCAUUUUGCCUUCCGCAUGUUGCUUGUACUCUUCCGCCGAGAAUUGUCUUUCAGUGAUGCCCUUCGUAUGUGGGAGAUGAUAUGGGCUGCUGAUUUCGAUGAAUCCUUAGCUUGUGACCUGGAUGAAAUUUGCCCAGAAUUAUUGCUUAUACUAUUACCAAAGGAAACAGAGGCUGAAUCAGGAGAAGAAAGCUUGGACAAUAAUAGUGGUUGUCCAUCGAAACAUAAAUCUGCAGAACGCUCCAUCUCUGACAACAGUGGAAUAGCAUCAGCAUCGGCUAGACCGUUUUGUGGCUUGACAAAGAAUUUCUGGUCAAGGAAUGACCGUCUACAAAUUCGUACAGUUAUAUCAUCAAGGAAUGGUGAUGAUGAAUUACCUGUUUUUUGUGUAGCAGCCAUUCUUAUUAUGAACCGACAAAAAAUUACUAAGGAAACUCGUUCAAUUGAUGACCUAAUAAAGAUAUUCAAUGAUAAUUUGUUAAAGAUCAGAGUCAAAAGCUGUGUUCGUAGUGCUAUCAAACUGCGAAAGAAGUACAUUUACAAGAUGAUAAAGAGUAGGACCCCAGCUCAGAACGGCAAUUAAAUUUUGGCCUACGCCAUAUAACUAGAUGAGAUAGGCUGUGCCGUGGGACAGAAUGCUGAUAUUAUGCAAGUUUUCAAUUUGUGAGUUGAACAGUUUUCUUAUAACCGACAUCUAGUUUGGAGUAAUUCAAUGCUAAGUUUUCAUGGCAUCUGAUGGUUCAUACAUCUAUUUGUAUCCCCAAAAUAUAGUCAGCCUCUCAUAAGGACUGCAACGUGGAACGUUUGCUUUACCUUGCACAAUCUGCACAAGAACACUACAUACAGGUUAGGGUAGUACAGAAGUUUUCGCGGUUCAUGUAUUUGGAGAAUUAUUCAUGUACCGACAAUUUUGAAAAUAUCAGAAGUUAUAAUACAGCAAUAAAAUGUUUUACAAACGGGAUUUUCUUCAAGAAAGUUUUAGCAAUAGUCAUGAUACAACGAACUAGGUAGUAUUAGAUAAUUAUAUUUUUGCAUUAUAUGAUGAGUGCUUUUAUUCAAAUGGUGAUAUCAUCAACUUCAUAUCCUUCUUUCCUUGUUGCUCUUGCCCAUUUAUUGGCUUAAACGAGUAUCCUACUUGUACUUAGUGGUGGGAUUAUUCUAGUUUGUAAGAUAGGAAUUGUUUGGUAGCACUGUAAAAUCUCAUUUGUUAUAGUCAAGUACUAUACACCAAAGAUCUACUAACUUAUUUGUAUUAGGAUUGAACAUA